CAGCUGGGGAGUCGCUUCUCGCGGGAGUUUUUCGAGUCGCGGUGGAAAGUUGCUGUGGAGUUUCCAGGGAAACCGGGCCGGGAGAAGGGAGAGCGGCCACCUGUCGCGGCGGCGUGGCCGGAGGCGGCUGGGUGCCCGCCGUGGGCCUCCCCUGGGGCUGCAGCCAGGCCAUGUCCCCGGGGGCGGCCGUCCUCCUCCGCCCGCCGGCUGUUAAACAUGCAGGAGGCCUGUGCCCCGGAGCCCCGCGCCGACUGCUCCCGCAAAGACAGGUGGCAUCCGGGAGAAAGAUGCCUUGCCCCAUCUCCGGUGGAUGAAAAGCUUUGUGAGGCGUGCGUGAAGUCUGUCACAGUGGACGAGCACGGGAGAUCAUUUGCUGUUGUCUUAUACUCAGACCUUCAAGAAAGGAAGAUCCCUCUCCAAAGGCUCCAGGAAGUCAAGCCUGUUCAAGAUUGUCCCAGGAAUGUGAUAUUUGAUGAUGAAGAUUUGGAAAAACCGUAUUUCCCGGGUCGGAAAUUCCCGAUGCCUGCUGUUGAUUUUCGAUUAUCUGAAGAGGGACACGCUGUUCCUUAUACUAUCAAUAGGUACCUGAGGGACUACCAGCGGGAGGGAGCCCGGUUUCUCUAUGGACACUACAGACAAGGAAGAGGGUGUAUUCUUGGUGAUGACAUGGGACUUGGGAAGACAGUACAGGUUAUUGCGUUUCUGGCUGCAGUUUUGCGCAAAAAGGGAACUCGUGAGGAUAUUGAAAAUAACAUGCCGGAGUUUUUACUAAGAAGUAUGAAAAAGGAACCUCCUCCUUCUGUGACAAGAAAGAUGUUUUUAAUCGUUGCUCCUCUUUCUGUCCUCUACAAUUGGAAAGAUGAACUGGACACCUGGGGCUACUUCAGGGUCACAGUUUUGCACGGUAACAAAAAGGACAAUGAACUGAUGCGUAUAAAGCAGAGGAAGUGUGAAGUUGCACUAACUACUUAUGAAACGCUGCGCUUGUGUCUGGAGGAACUCAACAGUCUGGAGUGGGCCGCUGUCGUCGUCGAUGAGGCGCACCGAAUCAAGAACCCAACGGCCCGGGUGACGGAAGUCAUGAAGGCGCUGAAGUGUAGCGUCCGCAUCGGCCUCACCGGAACCAUUCUCCAGAAUAACAUGAAGGAGCUGUGGUGCGUGAUGGACUGGGCUGUGCCAGGACUUUUAGGCAGCAGGGUCUAUUUCAAGAAGCAGUUUUCUGACCCAGUGGAACAUGGACAGAGACACACGGCGACAAAAAGAGAACUGGCUACUGGCCGCAAGGCCAUGCGGAGGCUCGCGGGGAAGAUGGCCGGCUGCUUUCUCCGGCGGACCAAGGCUCUCAUCAAGGGCCAGCUGCCCAAGAAGGAGGAUCGGAUGGUGUAUUGUUCUCUGACAGAGUUCCAGAAAGCUGUCUAUCAAACGGUGCUGGAAACAGAAGAUGUGGCCUUGAUACUUCAGUCUUCUGAGCCUUGCACCUGCCAGAGUGGCCGCAAAAGGAGAAGCUGCUGUUACAAGACCAACUCACACGGUGAAUCAGUGAAGACCUUGUGUCUCAGCUACCUCACAGUUCUUCAGAAGGCGGCAAACCACGUCGCCCUGCUGCAGGCUGCCAGCACCUCCAAGCAGGAGACGCUUAUCCAAAGGAUAUGUGAUCAAGUGUUUUCCAAAUUCCCAGAUUUUGUGCGGAAAAGCAAAGAUGCAGCCUUCGAAACCCUUUCCGACCCUAAAUACAGCGGGAAGAUGAAGGUGCUCCAGCAGCUUUUAAAUCACUGCAGGAAGAACAGAGAUAAAGUCCUCCUCUUCUCCUUCUCCACCAAGCUGCUGGACGUGCUGCAGCAGUACUGCAUGGCGGCGGGCCUGGACUACCGCCGGCUGGACGGGAGCACCAGAUCUGAGGAGAGACUCAAGAUCGUCAAGGAGUUCAACAGCUCACAGGACGUGAACGUCUGCCUCGUCUCGACCAUGGCUGGUGGAUUGGGCCUUAAUUUUGUUGGUGCCAAUGUUGUCAUAUUAUUUGACCCUACCUGGAAUCCAGCCAACGAUCUCCAAGCUAUUGACAGAGCCUACAGGAUUGGGCAGUGCCGAGAUGUUAAAGUGCUCAGGCUGAUAUCCUUGGGAACUGUGGAAGAGAUCAUGUACUUACGGCAGCUCUAUAAGCAGCAACUUCACUGUGUCGUGGUUGGAAGUGAGAACGCCAAGCGAUACUUCGAAGCCGUCCAGGGCUCCAAGGAGCACCGAGGAGAGCUUUUUGGAAUCCGCAAUCUCUUCAAGCUCAGAUCCCAGGGAUCCUGUCUCACCAGGGACAUCCUGGAGAGAGAAGGCCAAGUGGAAGCAGGGAUCCUGACAGCCACAACGUGGUUGGGAGAGGGACCUCCAGCAGGCAGGCCAGGAGCAAGAGAGCCCAUCAAUCCAGAACCCAGAGGCUCAGAGCAAGCUGUGGAGCCAACAGCAAAGGCAGCGUGGGACCUCUGCAGUGACUUCAGUGAGGACGAAUCGGGGGGGACCUCGAGAACAAAGACUGCAGGAAGCAAAACAUCUGAUUCCAGUAGAGCUUCGGGUCCUGCGGGGCAGCUCACCCUACUCCAGUGUGGCUUCUCUAAGUUGUUGGAGACCAAACGUAAUGCUGCAGAGGACAGCAAUGGAAGUGUCACCUCUGCCGACCAAAGUGCUGAUGAGCAGGGGCCGCCCCCACACCCUUCAGCAGAAGCCAGAGAAGCUGCUUGUCAGAAACAACAGGACUCCCUGGCUGCCUCCCAGCAACCCAAAUUCAGUAGCAUCCCGACUCCAGUUGAGAAGUACGUUUUUGGAAAAAGUGACGAGACUUUAGAGCAGAGUGCUUCUUCCGAGUCUGAUGGUGAGAAGAACUUUAAAAGUACAGCCGAGCGCCGCUGCACCUCACGAGAGGUCACGGAGUCGGAUGACAGUGACGUCAUAUUUCCCACCCAGGAUACAACUCUGAGCAAGCCAGCCAUGGGGGGAUGUGAGGACUCGGGAGCAGAAACUCCUGCAAAUGUAAGAAAUGACGGUGAUGGGAAAAGGGCCGAAGACAGAGGAAGCGUGCAAGUUCCCAGCAAUUCAAAACCUGGGUACACAACGCUGAAACCUGUGAUGGAAAGAAAGGGCCCCAGUGACAUUAGUGAUGAAUCUGACGACGUUGACAUCUCUUCCACGUCAAGAGUGAGAAAGCAGAGAGCCACUAGGCCAGUGAGGCCCGACAGGAAGAAGGGAAUCAGGAGACAGCUGUGCAGUUUUACUGAAGCCAGGAAGCGCACAAGCCGACUGUGUGCCGUGGGUGAAGGCAGUAACUCCCAGACCAUUGACGGCUUUUCAUCCUCCGAUGACGAUUCACCUGCCAGUCCCUUCAGUUGCUCUAGACAGAGCCUCAAAGCCACGGCUACAAAAGAUAGAAUCCAUCCCUCUUCAAAAUUGCCAAAGCACACUAAGGAAAACAGCACUUUUGUGCCAAGCAAAUCCAUGAAAUUUUCGAACGAGACUGUUGAGAGUCAAGAGCAGAUGUGUGAAUCCAUGGAUAUACUUCUAGGUGGAGUUCAAGAAGUGGCCUACAUUCAUUCCAACCAGAAGGUGAUCGGAUCCAGCAAAGCUGAGAAUCACAUGAGUCGAUGGGCCACUCGAGACGUGUUUGAAUUGAAGCAGUUUUCCCAGCUUCCUGCCAACAUAGCUGUUUGCAGUUCUAAGACGUAUAAAGAAAAAGCAAACGAAGCGGAGGGCCAGCCGCCCCGGGAAGGAGGCGUUUCGUCUCCCCUUUACCUUUCACACCCUGUGAGCCAGAGGAAGAAGCGAGUCUACCGUACCGGCCAGAGCACCUUCAUAGUCGGAGAAACGCCGAACAGAAUCCGCAGAAAGCAGUUUGAAGAAAUGGCCUCCUAUUUUAAAUCAGCUUCCAUAAAGGAGUUUGCCAGAGUUAUAACCAACGCCAGUUCAGAAGAGCGACAAACAAUGCUCAGAGACUUCUAUACCUCUCAGUACCCGGAGCUGGGAGAACUCUACACAGUCGAGUCUGCUCCCGAAGUCGUCACAUCCACCAGCAAGAAAGGGCGCAGCGGCGGGAACCGGUCUUGCAAAAGAGAACCUGUUACCCAGGUUAAGUCAUCCAGUUCCCAAGCUUUGGCCUUCAACGAGUCUGCCAGCAAAAUCGCUCACAAAGGGAAAUCAGUUCUGUUUCAGAAUGACAAUGCCAGUCAAGAAGUGCUUUCUGAUGAGGUCAGAGCCCUUGGCUGUCCCCAAGAGACGGAUGAGGGGAGAAGCAGCCAUACUUCCAGAGGUACCACAGCAUCCAGUGCCCCAGACGGGAACUCGGAAGGACGCGGGACACGGUCAGCAGACACCAUGCAAGCCCAACAAGACCUUCCCAGCACAGGCCUUCCAGGGAGCAGGCUGUCCCGGUUGGAAAACAAGGCGGUCGAAAACCGAGCAGUAGACAGCACCUCUAUGGCAGGCUUACUGGGGGACACCUCCAUUCUUGACGACCUCUUUAAAAGUCACCGGAGUGUUCCUGUACAGACGCCAAAGAGAACCCCUGCAGGGCCCGUAGAAAAAGCAAAGCAGAGGCCCAAAGACUUCUGGGACAUCUUGAACGAGCAGAACGCUGACAGCCUUAGCAAACUCACCGACCUGGCGACGAUAGAGACUUUGUGUGAGAAGGUGCCCAGGCCCGCUCCCUCCAGGGGGAAAGGGCAGCUAGAGGCUUCUCUCUGGAAGUCCAAUGACAAGUUCCUGUGGAAGACCUUCUGCCCCAGUGACCCAGAGGAGAGCACAGCCAGCCCCACACAGAGCAGCCCCGGGGCCUGCACCUGAGCCCUGGACGCCACAUCUCGCUCCGUCUGUCAGCCUAAGCCUUCAGCACGUCCUCACUGUGAAAUGUCCAGGGUGUCAUCGUGGCCCGUCG